UCUCUCGAUAACUAAGGGGAUAGCUUAAUGUUUAACUAGUUAAUUUUUUUUAACAAAUCUGAGUUUUGGUAAUAAUUAUGGAUUUAGAUAACACACAACUGCAUCCUAACUGGCGUGCACUGGCUACAGUGGACUUUCCACGAAAACGAUUUGUACGUGGUAUAGAGCUGCAAAGCAAGCAAGAAACCAAAUAUGUUACACAUAAUAAUUUGCAAGAGGAGCAAAAUGGUGAAGCAGCAAAAAAUUUUUACCAGAACUUAACUAAAAAUUCUAUAUCGCGCAGUCGUCUUCCAUGCCAAACGGCUACUCCAAAACAACGUUAUUUACAGAAAUUUGAUUGUAAUAAAUUCUUUCGGCUCGCUACCAUGAAUAAGUGUAAUGAAUUAGCACUCAUUGAUUACCAGGGUGACGAUAUAAACAUGCGGGAUACAUUUGGUUGGACAGCACUUAUGAUGGCUGCUUGUGAGGGAGCAUUAGAUGCGGUGAAAACUCUAAUUCAUUUGGGCGCUGAUAAAAACUUAAAAGAAAGCACUGGCAGAACGGCCUUAGAUUUUGCAAUGACAAAGGGCUUUAAUCACAUUGCAAAUAUUUUGCGAACAACAUGCUCCACGCCGAGUGCUGAACAGAAGCUUAUAUGCGAAAACGUUUCAAAUGAGACUUUCUAUUGCACAACUUGCGAGCAAACUUUAACAAAUACAAACAAACUACAGCAUGAAACAUCUACAGUUCAUCAAUUUAACUGCAAACCGAGUUUUGAAAACAAAUUGCAAAAAUUUAACAUUUCCACAAAAAAUCGGGGCUUACAGCUGAUGGUAAAACAAGGUUGGGAUAAAGAAAGCGGCUUAGGACCAACACAGACUGGACGCUUGUAUCCCGUUAAAACUGUGAUACGAAAGAAACGCACUGGCCUUGGUACAAAGCAAGAGCCAGCACGUGUUACACAUUUUGGUGCAUAUGACAAACAAGCCAUAAAGCAUAACGAGUCGAGCGUUUUGCCAAACAAGAAAAAAAGAUCCCGCUCUGACAUACGUUCAGAAAAGCAACGAGAGUGGAAACGCGAACGCCGACUUCGGAAAGAAUUGAGCUAAUGCAUCAUAUAUGCUCAGUUUGGAUGCAGUUGUUCCCACUGAACAUCUAUCAUUAAAAUAGUCUUUCGGAAAAUCAUAUCUACAUAUGUAUGUACAUAUAUUUUAUAGUCGUUAAAGCAGAAAAA